CAUCUAGCUGUGGAACUUUGUGUCGGGCAGCUCGAGCGCAAAGACCGAGGAGGAUCAGUAACGGCGGCAGGUGGUAAAAUGUCAGAGCUGAAGCGUCUUGCCUAUUCAAUUAUUGACUUUCUACGUGAGCAGACAAAGUCCCAGGCUUGGACUUCUGAUGAACGGGAAAGCUUAGAAGUUGCUAUGCAGUGCUUGGAAAAUGUCUUCAAAAUAAGUUCACAAGAUAUCCAUCUGGCAGUCUCACCACCUUUAACAGAGAUAUUUUCUGCAGCCAUUACUAAGAAGGAUUUGAUAUGGAACACUCCAUCAGACUUUACUCCAUCUGCACAAGAUGUAAUUAAAGCUGAACAGUUGAAGAAUGAAGGCAACAACUAUAUAAAAGAGGAGAACUACAGAGCUGCUGUAGAAUCAUACACUCAAGCAAUUGAAUUGGAUCCAAAUAGUGCAGUUUACUUUUGCAACCGAGCUGCUGCUCAGAGUAAACUUAAUAAUUACACUGCAGCAAUAGAGGACUGCGAGAGAGCAAUAGCCAUUGACCCAGACUACAGCAAAGCUUAUGGAAGGAUGGGUUUGGCAUUGACUUCUUUGAAUAAACAUUCAGAAGCAAUCACCUAUUACAAAAAAGCUGUGGAACUGGAUCCUGAAAAUGGCACUUUCAAAUCAAAUCUGAGAGUGGCAGAACAGAAAAUCGGAGAGGCAUCUAGUCCAACAGGAGCUGGUUUGGGAUUUGAUUUGGCAAGUUUACUGAAUAACCCAAGUUUUGUAAGUAUGGCUGCAAGUUUGAUGCAGAACCCCCAGUUACAACAACUAAUGUCUGGGAUGAUGUCUAACGCAAUUAGUGGUCCUGCAGCAGGUGUAGGAGGUCUAACCGAUAUGGGCAGUCUUAUUCAAGCAGGACAGCAGUUUGCGCAGCAGAUGCAGGAGGAGAACCCAGAACUGAUAGAACAAUUAAGGAACCAGAUCCGAACACGAUCAUUCAGUGGCAGCAAUGAAGGUCACUCAUGAUAAGCAGUGGGAAUACAUAUAUCAGAGAUCCCAAUUAUGCUGGAUGUCAAAAGCAAGUAUCUAUCAGUUCAGAAUGCCACAGCCUGCUCAAAACAGAUGGAGGAUCUGGCUGUAAUUCAUAGUUAUCAAACACUUAAGAAGAUUUGAGAAUGUUUACCAUUUGCAAGAGGAUUGUAUCAUUUAUUUCACAGUUUGAAUGUAAUAUGUUUGCCGAAUAUAAUUAAACUAGUUUCUAUAAUAUGUAUAGAGUAAUAGAUGUGAAGGAAUAAAUUUGCAGUUCUGUCAUUUGAGUAUGAACAUCCGGUUUCAUAAGCUUAGGUUGAUAUUACUGUACAAAUGUGAAUUGUUACAGCAACAGAUUAGCACUGUGCUCAUUGAAAUGUGGCACUUGUAGAACUGCAUUUGGACAAUAUGUUGCCAAAUUAUGAAAAUCAAUCACUGAAAAUUAAAAUUAAGGCUAUUAAUGCAUUAGUUACUUCAGCCAAUUUGCACUUUACUGUGAAUUUUGAACGUAGGAGAGAUACCUACAAUUGUUUAUGCAUCUUGGACGUUCUAUUAAAUGGUAUCCUGGAUAUUGCCAAGA